UGUGGAAGGUGAAAUGCAGGCAACACUGCCUGGAACGUGGAUUGUGUUGUGCACUAGGCUGAAAGCCUGUGCAGGGCACAGGCCCGGGAGGGCUAAAUGGGCCUGGUAGGGCACGUGCAUUGGGCACGGGCCUACCUCCGACAGAUGACAAUCUGGCAAGCCUGCCGCGCCACGUCUGCCGCCACAACAUUUUUCGACCCCAUCGCCAUUGGCCCCUUCGGGGAGGAAUUCGUCGACGGUGCGCUGGGCGCGAAUAACCCCGUGUAUGUGGUGUGGAACCAAGCCCAGGACGUUUGGGGAGACCAGCUGCAACGCAAACUUCGAUGCUUUGUGUCGAUCGGGACGGGCGUACCGAACCUGAAGCCGGUGCGCGACGAUGCCCUUGGGAUUUGGAGCACGCUCAAGGAGCUGGCGACAGAGACAGAGAAGACGGCGCAGCAGUUCCACCGCGACAAGUCUGCCUUGGACGACGAAGGGCGCUACUACCGUUUUAACGUCGACCACGGGCUUGAAGAGAUCGGGCUCGAGGAGUCCAAGAAGAAAGCAGAGAUUGCAGCGGCGACGCGGCGUUAUAUCGAAUCCCAGGCCGUGUUCAAGCAGAUGAAGGCGUGCGCAAAUGAUCUAGCGUUACACGAGUACUUCGGCCCCUACCGAACUCCCUUUAGCCUCCAAGGUAUGCCUAUAUCGGACAACUUCGUUGACAGACCAUCCGACGCGGCCGUGCUCGAACGACACCUCCUUCCACAGCCCCACUUGCCACAGACGCGGCAACGGGUGUUUGUCCUCCAUGGGCUCGGGGGCAUCGGGAAGACGCAACUGGCUGCAGACUUUGCGCGGCGCCAUAAAGCUACCUUCAGUUCCGUUUUUUGGCUGGACGGCAGGUCCGAGGACCGGGUACGACAAAGUUUUGCCAGCUGCGCAAAAAGAAUUCCUCAAGGCCAAAUCCCUGACAGGAGCAGGAACAUGGUCCCCAGCAGUGAGGACGAUCUCAACGUCGUGAUAGCGGACGUUAUGGAAUGGCUGGCACAGCCGGAUAACGUCGACUGGCUGCUCGUUUUUGAUAACGUCGACCAGGACCACGAACAGGGUGGUGCGACUGGCGCAUAUGAUAUUCGAAAAUACCUGCCUGCGGACCACGGGUCGGUGCUGAUCACCACACGCCUAUUACGGUUGGAACAGCUCGGCGAUGCUGAAAAGCUGAAAAAGGUCGAUGAAAAGCUGAGCAAGGCAAUUUUUCAGCGAUGGUGUCGAGCAGAGCUAGUAAUGGACGAGGUAGGUAUAGCACUACUCGGCCUGCUAGAUGGCCUGCCGCUGGCGCUCGCACAAGCCGGCGCUUAUAUCCGGGAAACAGAGCUCGACAUGGCGUCGUACGUUCGCCUUUACAGAGACCAGUGGGACGACAUGAUCGAGUCUGAAAAGACCGGCACGCCGCUAGCGGACUACGAACAACGAAGCGUGGGAACCACAUGGACGAUAUCGUUCAAAGCGGUCGAGGCGAGAAGCAAAAGUGCAGCAAACCUGGUCCGUCUCUGGGCCUUCCUUGACAACCGCGAUCUGUGGCACAGCCUUUUGCAAAAGACAGUAGAUGGACAAUGGUGGCCGGCCUGGCUUUGUGAGAUUGCAUGCAACGAGAUCAAGUUCAUGGAUGCAAUUCGGCUGCUGCUCCGCUACUCGAUGAUUGAGGCUCAAGAGUCCGUAUGCAGAAGUUAUAUGGUGCAUCCCGUGGUGCAUCGGUGGACGGCGCACAUGCAGGACGGCCCUGGGAAAAGAGACUUUGUGAGGUUGGCGAUGAUGGUGGUUGGGUCAAUCGUACCCAGUAGCACCGAGAAGGACUACUGGAUUCUGCAGCGGCGACUUUUCCCGCAUGCGGAGCGGUGUGUAUGGUGGACGAGAAACAUUGGUAAAGGUGGCAAGGCUAAAGAGACCUUGGAAGAAAGACAAGUGGCGUAUGCAAUGAGCCGCUUAGGCAGCCUCUACUCCGACCAAAGCCGCCUUAUCGAGGCUGAAGCUCUUUACGAACGGGCGCUACAGGGCUUUGAAAAGGCGUUCGGGCUGGACCACAGGUUAACGCUCAACAUCGUCGACAACCUGGCCGCCGUCUAUUUCGACCAGGGCCGGCCAACCGAGGCUGAGUCCUUAUUCGGGCGGGCGCUGCAGGGCAAAGAGAAGGCGCUCGGGCCGGAUGACCAAUCGACGCUCGACACCGUCAACAACCUCGCCAGACUCUAUUCCGAUCAAAACCGGCUUGCCGAGGCCGAAACGCUAUUCGAGCGGGUGCUGCAGGGCAGAGAGAAGGCGUUCGGGCCGGACCAUACAUUAACGCUCGAAGCUUUAAAUAACAUGGCUAAUCUAUGUAAAGCUCGAGGCCGGCUCGCUAAGGCCGAGUCCCUAUAUAAACGGGCGCUGCAGGGCAAAGAGAAGGCGCUCGGGCCGGACCACCCAUCGACGCUCGACACCGCCAACAACCUGGCCGCCCUCUAUUGCGACCAGGGCCGGCCGACUGAGGCCGAGUCCCUAUUCGAGCGGGCGCUGCAAGGCAAAGAGAAGGCGCUCGGGCCGGAUGACCCAUCGACGCUCGACACCGUCAACAACCUCGCCAGCCUUUAUUCCGAUCAAGGCCGGCUCGCCGAGGCCGAAACACUAUACGAGCGCGCUUUGCAAGGCUAUGAGAAAGCGCUCGGGCCGGACCACCCGAAAUCCCAAAUAGUUCUGCGAAACAUGCAGCUUUUAAAGCAGCCUUAAGGUAUGCCUAUUUUUGGUAACCUUCUGGCCCGUAUGUUACGACCAGACGUGAGGGCUGGAGGUGAGGCGAAGGCCUGAUGGCCUGAGGCGCUGGGAGAACGCUAAGGCGGAUGCGCUCCCACCCCGCUUUCUGGGGAACCACGUGAUCAAGGCUUAAGUAAGCCAGGGUGAUCUGCGAUCUCACAACAGAUCACAGAUCAAAGGAAGUGAUCUGUGCCUAUCGGACGGAUCACGGGGGAUACAGGGAAACAGGAUGCGUAUAAGAAGGAAGGAUUUCCUAUUGUCCUAGAUAGCUUUGACUGAGGCUUCGGCAUCAGUCAACCUAAGUUAGCUUCAAGGUACCCCCUUAAGCAAGCAACCAGACCUUUGUCACCAAGUUUACCCAGUUUCCCCUGCACCCCUUGUUAAGUGUACUGUUCAGCAAACAGGACCGACCCUUUUCGCACCGCGCAAUGGUGUGGAAGUGAGAGUGGCGGGACCAGCGUUUCCGGUUCUCUUCCGCUGCGUCUGG